UGUCAAAAUAUCCAAGUGACACGUAACUUCACAAUAAAUUAAUUAAUUUUCAUUUUUGUGACCUCCAAAUGUGUAAAUUAUUGAAAAUUCGUAUUUCCAACGGUAAAUAGCUUAAUGAAAAUAUGUCCGAUAAGGGUUUCGGUGACCCAGUGGGUCGGAGUGUCUUGAAAAACCCGCUUCUUUCGACAGCAGUUACUGGGCUUUCUAUUGAAGAUUUGACACACAACGCUGUCUUGCUGCCCGUCGUACCAAGCCAGGACUUGAUCACCGGCCGAGAUCAAUCGACUGGGCCCCAAAACCGUUCCCUGGGGAACACCGAACCAAACGUAACAAAUAUCGUAUCGGCGGACGUAAAUUCUAAUACCGUUCCAUCUAACCGUACAGUAAAUCCGAGCACCACGCCAAACCUUCCUGGCACAAAACAAGAUGAUAGCCACUCCAAAAUCAAAUAUCCUCCUACAACAAUGUCCAAGGCCACGUCAAAGUCUGAAGACGAUUUCGACGUCAAUGAGUAUUUUGCUAGGCUUCAAGGAACUAAAUACGUAAGCGCUCCCAUAAACAGUCUUCUGAAAGAAGACAACAAUGCUAAUCUCGAGACAACUGACGAGAAUUUAGAAGAGAUAAACCUCAAUGAGCCUGACAAAAUUCAGCUUGAAGUCCAGCAAAGCUUGACGGCUGACAUAGCUCAGAACUUCUCUCAGCUACCGACUGUUUUGCCUCAAGUUGCUAGUGCGGUGUUUAGUUCAUUCUCAAAUAUGCUGAGUAUGAAGAGAGAGCCAACAUAUGAGGAGCUGAAGUCGAGUCCUGGGUAUCAGGUGCCUAGUCAAAGACAAGAGAUCAACGUACCAUUAAUGGGAGUUGAUGAACCUGUCAAAGACGUGGCGCCUCCACCGAAGGAGCCUCCGAUUGGUGGUACAUCGAACUAUCGGAUAACUACAAAAAAGAAAGCCUACGCGCAAAUACCAGGAUUGAGCUCCAAAGAUAACACCCAAAUCAAUGCAUUACCACCAAGUCAUACUAUUCCAUCAUAUAUGACACCAAAUCCAAAUAUCACUGAUAUUCGUAGUCAGCCAGGAGUUGGAGAUGAUAAGUUUAGAACGGAAGACGCAAUGUUUGAUCAAUCAAAGCAUAAGGAUGUCGAUGCGUUUAGUCCUGUAUCUGAUACAACUUAUUCUCUUGAACAAAGUGUUCAGCCAACCCAGCCGAUAUAUUAUCCUCAAAGGGUGGAAUCUGCAUUUGAAAGUAAUGCUCAUCAAGCUUUUUCCAAUAUUCGACCAAAUUAUGAUCCAUUAAAGAUUGAUUCGGCUGAGCAAAAAGUAUUUGACAUAUAUAAUGCUCCAGCUCCAAUCACACAACCAAAUACUGCGAUUAUUCCUCCACCACCAAUGUUUUCUAAUCUGCCUAGGAAGGACAAUCAAACAGGAAUAGGAAAGUCUAUCUUACCGCCAUCUGUUGCCAGACGCAUUUCUGCAAAUCAACCUGUAAUAAAGCAACAAACAUCACAAAUUCCAAUCGACACUGGUAAUAUUUUUGUACCUGCAAUUGAUAAUACUCAAGAAAAUAUUUUAGGACGGACGCCCUCUAUCGAUCAAUGUCAACAGAGAAAAUUUGAACAAGCGAUUCAUCAGCCGCCGUCCUUUUCUACAGGAAAGUUUCAAUCAGGAGGUGAAAUACAAGAAAAUAUGUCUACAUUCCUAUCAAGCUCAAACCAAUCUAUUUCUACAAUAUUACCUCCUUCGUCUACAAAACUGGCUUCAGAAAAAGACCGAGAAAUUGGAUUUCAAACAACAAAUGUACCGCCAGCAACCGCUUCUACACCAAAUGUUUCUAACGAGGCAUCUUUUCCAGUUAACUUACCUCCACCAUCGACAAAGUUAGCAGCUCCACCAUCGAUAUCAGCGUCGAAUAUAUUUAGAAUUACGUCACAGCCAACAACGUUACCACCGCCGCCUACAAAUAUUUUUACACCAAUAAUCACUACAGAGGAUUCUCAAUCAGCAUCAUUAUUUACUUCAGCGUCUGUUACUUCAAAUGCUUUUCUUAAACCAGAAACUAAAAUGUCUUAUGACAAGUUGGAAUCGAAAAUACCACCAGUUAAUAUAUUCCAAUCCACUCCAAAUUCAAUAAACAACGCACCACCAACUUUGACAACACAACCUUCAUUGGCUCCGAUAAGUACAAACGUUGUUCCCGUAUUGACAAAUAAGCCACCAAUAGAAAUAAAUAAGAAAGCCAUGGAAUCACAGUUUCCUUCUCCGCCAACAUUCUUCAGUCAGAAUACUACGCACAUGCAAAGUAAUGCAGUUUUUGCACCUCAACAAAACGAUAAUCCACUAUUAGCACCUGCUUCAGAGCCUCCUAAACCGAUACCUGAACCUCCAAAACUAUCUGGAAAUUUGAAUUAUCGGUUGACAAAGAAAAGGCCUCAGUAUUAUUCCGGCCCAAUAGAGGGUGUUGGUUCUAUUAGUAAUAAUGUUAAACCUGUAUUACCUACAGCCAACCCUGGAAAUUUCCAUGGUGCUCUAUUCACACCUACUCAAAUUCAAGAUCAAGAAUUAGUGGUUCCUAACAUUGAACAAUCUAAUUUACCACAAACAUAUCCUUCAUUUGAUAUAAGUAAUCCAAUGGUACAACCUUUUGAAGCUAGUUACAGCACUGCUUUUGACUUAAGCAGACAAACCACUGAUAGUUAUGAACCACCAAAAGAAGAAACCAAAGGAUUUGGUAUUAUUGGUUCACUGAAAUCUAAACUUGGUUCAUUAGAUAUUAAUAAGAUACAAAAUAGUGUAACAACUUUUUUCGACCCCUCUUAUAAUAAUUCUAAACAGGAAAAUGACUCGGACAAGUUUAUUAAUAAAUCUUAUGAACAUCAGUUUAACCCGUCAGUUUAUGGUCAAAAGGAUAAUUUAGGGAUAUGUAUAGAUCCAAGUCCACAUAUAUAUCCUCAGUACAGUGAUCAGAUAAAUUAUCAGAAUCAACAGUAUAACUACGGGGAGAAUAAGCAGUAUUAUAAUAAUCAAGAGUAUUACUACCAAAAUCAGAGUCAAAUGUAUCCAAGUUGUACCGAUUUUACACAAUUGCAUGCUCAAAACACCCAUGAAACAUCAGUAUUUGCAAAUACGGGCAAUGUGGUUGAAACGGGUAAUAUUUACCAUGAAAGUACGGAAACUAAUGCAUUUGGAGAAUCAAGGAAUAUAGUUGAUGCUCAAGUUUUUACGGAAACUUAUUUAGAAGAUAUGGAGGAAAGACAUUACAUUUUAAGCGCCAAUAGCUCAGGUCAAGCUCUUAUUCAAAGUGUUAACAGAGGUGAAACUGAUUUACAUGCUAAAGAGCAUUUUGAUAUAUCACCGUCGAUACCAGAUCUGAUCCCAAAAGUGGGGGAAAUAGAUUUACAUUCUAAUGUAGUAACUUCAGAGGGAGAUAUCAAAGAAGAUAAAUUAAUAAGAGAAAAAGGUUUCACAGAUUUACACAGGAAUGAAGUUCCUUUGACUGAAUCCCAAGUAAAUGAUGACACUCUAGAGCAAUCUACCUGUAUCCCACUAAGUCUUAUAAAUACAUUUUCUAGUUCAAGAUCAAGUGAGAAAAAAGAUUUGACUGCAAUGAAGGAAACUAUUGCAAUUUUGAAAUCGGCUCCUAACAAAAUUAUAGAAACUGAUUCAAAUAAUUCUGUAAAUCGUCAAGAGUCCGAAAGCGUAAAGUUAGAAAACGCUUUUGCAAAUUAUACCUUCGAUACUGAUAGUAAUGACAAGGAUUUCUUUAACUCGCCAAAGGAACAAGAUUUGAAAAAGGAUCCAAGUAUUGAGAAAAAAAGUUCAAACGUAUCAGUCCCGUUGUUUGAUUUAUCUUCUAUGAUUGCUGGCAAACUUGAGGACUCCCAACGUGAAUAUUCUCAAAAUGAUAGUAAUGUAUUUGAUCGGGAAGCAAGUGUAAGUUUCAGUGAAAAUGAUCUAGAAAAUAAACCUCUUCUUGAAGACAGUCAAGAAGAAGACAGUAUUUCUGAUUUUAAUAUUUGUGAAACUUGUAGAGAAGUAAACAGGCCUGAGAUUGAAGAUGAAAAGGAAGAUUUAACAGCGCAAUUAAUUGAAAAUAUCAUAGCGCCUAUACAGCUGUCAAAUCCAGUUGAAGUACCUUUAACAGAAAUCAAUACUCCUGUAGACGAUGGAAUAAUUUUUGACUCUGAUCAAUGUGCUGAAAUUUCUCACAUAAUUGAAGACACAAUUGAAACUAUUCAGGGACAGUCAGCCACAAAACUCUUAGAUAACGAUAGUGCAGAACAAAAUACUAGAAGUUAUGGUUGGAAUGUAGAUGAAUCUAGUACAACACCUAAAGAUGUGCUUGACCACGAUUACUCAUUUCAAAUGAAUACAAAUGCAAUUGGUUUUUUCGGUGAUAAUUCUAUGUUUUUUGAAAAUAUUCCAUGUAAUGCUAGCGAUGAAAUUAAGGCUGAAUUCAAAAAUUCUCAAGACGAAACAAGUUCACCCAUUAUUCCACCCCGACAAUUAAGUAUACCAACGGCGUCUUCAGUUCCAGUGCCAGAUGAUGAUGAUUCAAAAUCCGAUGAAACUGGUUUAGAUGUACAUUCUAUAGAACAGGAUGCAAAAAAUGAUUUCCCUCUAUAUGAAGAAUUUGUGAUUGACCCUUCGGAAACAGAUGAUGAUAAAAUUGAAAUAAAGGAACGUGAAAGAAGCUCAGAUGAUCCAAUCCCUGAUGUGGACACGUUUACUAACAGGAUAGAGAGAUUUAAAAAAAUGGAAGAAAGUAGUGAAAAUAUUGAUGAAAUGUUUGGUGUGCAGAAGAAAAUAGAAAUUAUAACUUCUACAAGUCCAGCUAUAACUAUAGCUUCGUAUUUCGAUACUGGUAACUAUGCGGCCGAAACGCAUUAUAAGAACUCUUUAUCGUCAUCUUCACCCUUCAGCCAAAUAAAUAUAAGUUCCCCAAGUAAGCAAACACGCGUCCCGCCUGGCUUUGAAAAUGAACAUCCGAGAAGAUUAAGUGGAUCUUUAGAUUCAUUUGGACACAAAAAUGAACCUUAUAUACCAGAAACGGCAACUCAAACUGCAAUAACAACAACGACAUCUUACAGCAUUGCUCCAACAACCACUGUGCAAGACACAAUUGCCAAGAUAACGGAUCCUGCGACAUUGUUUUCAAAACUUGAUUUAAAUGAUCAGCCACAAGAAUCAUCGGAGAAGACUUUAUCUCCUUUCGCGACUAUUUUUGGCGUGAAUAAAGAACCUUCUACAGGGCCCACCGACUCUAAACAUUUAGAAGAGACAACAUCACAAACAGUAUCAUAUUUCGGUUUACACCCAAUCAAAUUGGAAGGAGGUGACGCAGCAUCAGUAUUUGCCGAUAAACCUCCAGCAGCUGAUACAUUACCCGAUCCUUUAAGCUUCUUUUCCUCCAAAGAAGAACCUAAAGAAGACACGGAUAACGGAUUCAACAGACUAGCUAGUUACUUUACGUCACCAACAAAAACAGAUCCAGCGAAGUCUUUUUUUGAGUUAAGCCAAAGUCAAAACCAUUACAGACACGUCUCGAACCAGGAUGGCGAACGAAUAUUUAAUUUAAAUCAAACUCGUAAUAACAUUCCAACUAGCAACCUAAUAAAUGAUUUAACUUCGUGCGAAAACAUUAUUAACAGAGACCAAAUAGUUAGAACAGUGAAUUAUUUCACCGUAGAAUACGAUAGUAAUAUUAAUAUAAAUAAAAUUAAAAUAACAGUGCCUAAUUAUUGUAAAGAGAGAUUAGACACGAUUGUACAUAACGAUUUAGGCGAUGGAGGGGUAGAGGAAAAUUGUAACGAUGACGCAAUCGAUGUAGUGAAAAGUUGUAAUAAUUGCUGUAACAUUACAAAUGACGAUAAAUUGUAUAGGGAAGUAAUGGAUAAUAGUAAUAACGAUAAAGGUAGUGCCGACAUGAAUCAACCGGAGCGUAGAGAGAGUGGAAGCGAUAAAAGAAAAGUUUCGGUGACGCUCGGCAAUAAUGAAGAAGCAAGUGAAGGUGUUGCCAUGCUCAAAGAGAAUCGUGCCGCACAAGACUACAUACCCGUCCGCCACCACUGGUUCUACCGUGUGGAUCUGGAGUCCAAGUCGACGUGGAGAGGAUUCUCCUUGACCGACUCCAAGGCCCUGGAGGAGGCGUUCCACAGUCCAACGUUGAACGAAAAUACUCUGGUGGCGACCGAUGGGGGUAGAUAUGAUGUGAAUAUCAUCGGUAGGCUGAGGCUGGCUGUGUACUGGUCGGAUAAGCCGAGUAAUGUUAUGAGAUGCAGUUGGUUUUACAAAGGGAACACGGACGCUCGUUAUGUGCCAUAUUCAGAACACAUUGCUGAGAAACUUGAGGAGGAAUACCGCCACGGCGUUACCACUGGGGAAUGGCACCGGCGGCUGGUGCUGCCCAACAACGAGCUGGUGGUGAUGCACGGCCCCUCUGUGAUGGUGCACCUUCUGCAGACCAGCGCGGACGGGUUCAAUUCCGCUGCGCAAUCGGCCAUGCGCCCGCGCGUCGUCCGUCGCGGAUGGGACGAGUCCGAAAUAGAAGACACCGAACCUUCGAACAUAGACCACCUCCUACUCCUGUGUCAUGGCGUCGGAUCCGCUUGUGAUAUGCGCUUCCGGUCUGUAGAGGAAGUCGUGGACGAUUUCCGAGCGACAAGUCUUCAGUUGCUGCAGUCUCAUUACAGAAAUUCGUACGACAACGGAGUCGUGAACAGAGUUGAGGUGCUGCCAAUAUCGUGGCACUCGAGCCUUCACUCGGGCGAGACGGGCGUGGACCGCCGCCUCGCCGAGAUCACGCUGGAGAGCAUACCGAGGUUGAGGAACUUCACGAAUGACACAGUACUGGACGUACUGUUUUAUACCAGCCCGUUGUAUUGUCAGACAAUAGUGAACACUGUGUGCGCGGAAUUGAACCGCAUAUACCGUCUGUUCAAAUCGCGCAACCCCAACUACCGGGGCACCGUCUCCCUCGGCGGGCAUUCCUUAGGCAGCGUUAUAUUGUACGACCUGCUGUGUCAUCAGAACAACUCGGGCCGGAGCCCCGCGAAGAGCAUGGUGGGCGGCGGCACGGGCGCGGACAUCUCGCCGGCCGUGCGCUACCCCGCGCUGGAGUUCAGCCCCGCCGCCUUGUACGCGCUGGGGAGCCCUAUCGCGAUGUUCGAGUGUAUACGAGGCGUCGACUCGCUGGGCGAUAAGUUCUGUCUGCCGACUUGCAACCACUUCUUCAACAUAUUCCAUCCUUACGACCCAAUAGCUUAUAGAAUCGAACCUCUCAUCAAUCGACAGCUGAAAGAUGUGAAACCGUCUUUGAUACCGCACCACAAGGGUCGCAAGCGCAUGCAUUUGGAGCUCAAAGACACCAUGGCAAGAGUGGGCGCUGAUCUGAAGCAGAAGCUGAUUGAGUCCCUGAAGGCGACGUGGACCAGCGUGUGGAAGACCACGCCGCCCAUCGACGGGCAGCUGGAGAAGGUCGUCGAAGAGGAAAUGGAGAAGGACCAAGAAUGUAAAGAAGAAACCACUCAGGAGGAGGUAACCCCAGAACUGCUCGGCCGCUUGAACUCUGGCCGGCGGGUAGACUAUGUACUUCAAGAGGCACCAUUCGAAAUGAUAAACGAGUAUUUGUUCGCCAUGAGCAGCCAUGUUUGUUAUUGGGAGUCUGAAGACACGAUGCUCCUCAUACUCCGCGAGAUAUACGACUCCCUGGGCGUCCCACCCGACUGCAGCGUGCCUCAGAACAGCAUGAGCGUGCAGAGGAGCAGGAGUGCGCUCAAGGACGAUGCCUCAACGGAAGAAAGUGCGACCGAGCCCUCGACGAGCCGCGGCAGCACUUGAUGGCGGCGGGUUUAGGAUAAAUAUUGUAACAUACAAACAUAUAUUAUAUAUUUAUUAACAAACUUGAAGUCGGCAAACGUGGAGAUAUUUUAUUAUAUACAUACAUAUUUAAUUAAGUGUAAAACUGCAAUAAGAAAUAUUGAAGAAUGAAAAUUAUAUAAAUACAUAAUAUAUUCCUGAGAUAUAAAAUAAAACAUUUAUUUAUUUUUUAUUAAUUUAAACCUAAAAUACCUAAUAAUGUUGAUAAAAAAAAUAAUAUAAUAAUAUUAA